AUGGCGGCGCUGGUGGAGACGAGCAUGGGGGUGGUGCGGGAGGUGCUGGGCGACUCGGUGGUGGACGAGGUGGACGAGCCCAUCGUCUCCUACAUCGCCAACGUCCUCGCCGACCAGGACUUCGACUUCGGGCCCCCCGACGGCCACGGCAUCUUCGACGCCCUCGGCGACCUCCUCAUCGACGCCCGCUGCGUCUACGACCGCGAGCACUGCCUCGAGGUCUGCACUAAGCUCUGUGAGAAGUUGGGAAGCCAUGGCAUCGUCAAACCUAAGGCAGCCGUGCGGAGCCUCGCCACGCCUCUGCGCAUGAACGCGGGGAUGGAGGAGCAGGUCGCCCCCAAGAAGCCAGAGAAUAUCUUCGACGCGCCCUUGCUGUCCUCGCGCGACAAGGCCAAGCUCGAGCGGAACAAGAGAAAAGAAGACAGGCAAAGAGAGGCCCAGUACCAAAUGCAUGUUGCCGAAAUGGAGGCGCUCAGGGCUGGAAUGCCUCCAGUUUAUGUAAAUCACAGUAAUGUGGGUGGCACAACCAUUAGGGAUAUCCAUAUGGAGAACUUCAGUGUUACUGUUGGAGGUCGUGAUCUUAUUCAAGAUGUCACCUUAACGCUCGCUUUUGGAAGGCACUAUGGUCUUGUUGGAAGAAAUGGUACUGGAAAGACUUCUCUUCUCAGAGCUAUGGCUCAACAUGCAAUCGACGGAAUUCCUAAGAACUGCCAAAUAUUGCACGUUGAACAAGAGGUCACGGGUGAUGACACAACAGCUUUGCAGUGUGUGCUGAAUGCUGAUGUUGAACGGGUCCAGCUUAUGCAAGAAGAGGCCCAGCUGGGUCAAUUACUGAAAGAUCUAGAGUAUGAUGCAGAGUCCAAACAGAGCCUAGACAAGAGCAAGGGUGAUGUUGACAAAGAUUCUAUCAGCAAGAGGCUUGAGGAGAUAUACAAGAGACUUGAAUUCAUUGAUGCAGAUGCAGCAGAAGCUCGUGCAGCAUCAAUUCUGGCGGGUCUCAGUUUCACUCCAGAAAUGCAAUGCAAAAAUACAAAAUCAUUUUCAGGAGGAUGGCGGAUGAGAAUAGCACUAGCACGUGCUCUAUUCAUUGAGCCAGAUUUACUGCUACUUGAUGAGCCAACAAAUCAUCUUGAUCUGCAUGCUGUGUUAUGGUUAGAAACAUAUCUCCUGAAGUGGCCAAAGACAUUCAUUGUUGUGUCCCACGCUAGAGAGUUUCUGAAUACGGUUGUCACCGACGUUCUUCACCUACAUGGUAAGAAGCUACAUGCUUACAAAGGUGACUAUGACACAUUUGAGAGGACAAGGGAGGAGCACCUCAAGAAUCAGAUGAAAGCCUUCGAAACAAAUGAGAAGGCCAGAGGACACAUGCAGGCAUUCAUUGACAAGUUCAGAUACAAUGCAAAGAGAGCAUCACUUGUUCAAUCAAGAAUCAAGGCAUUGGAGCGAAUGGAACAUGUUGACGCUGUUGUUAGUGACCCAGACUAUAAAUUCGAAUUUCCAACUCCAGAUGACCGUCCUGGACCACCAAUCAUUAGCUUCAGUGAUGCGUCAUUUGGUUAUCCUGGAGGGCCUAUUUUGUUUAAAAACUUGAAUUUUGGUAUCGACCUCGACAGCCGCAUAGCAAUGGUUGGUUCAAACGGUAUCGGGAAGUCCACUAUACUGAAAUUAAUAUCUGGAGACCUGCAGCCAACUUCGGGAACAGUGUUUCGCUCCCCCAAGGUCCGCAUGGCUGUAUUCAGUCAGCAUCAUGUUGAUGGACUUGAUUUGACGGUGAACCCGCUUUUGUACAUGAUGAGAUGCUUCCCGGGUGUACCUGAACAGAAACUGAGGUCACAUUUGGGUUCCUUCGGUGUUACAGGAAAUCUUGCCCUCCAAUCUAUGUACACUUUAUCAGGUGGUCAGAAGAGUAGGGUCGCGUUCGCGAAGAUCACCUUCAAGAAGCCGCACAUUAUCCUUCUUGAUGAGCCUUCUAACCAUCUUGAUCUCGACGCAGUGGAGGCGCUCAUCCAGGGUCUGCUCAUAUUCCAGGGAGGAGUGCUGAUGGUGAGUCACGACGAGCAUCUGAUCACGGGGAGUGUGGAUGAGCUCUGGGCGGUGACCGAUGGCAAGGUCGCCCCGUUCCCGGGCACGUUCAAGGAGUACAAGAAGAUGCUCACGACAUAA